AUGGGGUGCUUCACCUUUAUCAAGGUCAUGAUGAUCCUCUUCAACCUGGCCAUAUUCCUCGGUGGUGGGACCCUCCUUGGAGUUGGCAUCUGGGUCACAACAGACAGAGAUUCUUUCCUGGAUGUAUUUGGGGUACUCUCCUCUACUGUCAUGCAGGUUGUGAAUGUAGGCUACUUCCUCAUUGUCAUCGGUGCCAUUCUGCUCGUGAUUGGCUUCCUCGGGUGCUAUGGUGCCCAGAAGGAGAGCAAGUGUCUCCUGAUGAUGUUCUUUUCAGUGGUGCUGAUCAUCUUCAUAGCUGAAGUUGCUGCUGCUGUGGUGGCUCUGGUCUACACAGGUCUUGCUGAGACACUGCUGUCAGCUGUGUUGACUCCUGUCCUCAAGGAGAAGUAUGGGGUGGAUGGCCCUUUCACAGAAAUAUGGAAUAUCACUAUGGAGAAGGUCCAUUGCUGUGGCCUGAAUAACUACACAGACUUCAACAACACCUACUGGCACGAUCAAACCGGAACCUACCCAGAGCCCUGCUGUGGGAACGUGAAGCCCUGCAACGCCACGCUCGCUGCACACAGCAAUGUCACGGGUUGCUUUGAUCAGAUUGUGGAAGAAAUCAGGACUAAUGCAGGUGUAGUGGGUGGUGUGGCAGCUGGCAUCGCUGCCUUGGAGAUUGCAUCGAUGGCGGUUUCCAUGUACCUGUACUGCCGGCUGGAUCGGAAAUGA